AUGAGUCAACUAAAAGUUAAGAGAGGAAAUUUUUUGUUUACGUCAGAAUCAGUUAAUGAAGGCCAUCCAGACAAAAUUUGUGAUCAGAUAUCGGAUGCAAUAUUGGAUGCUUGUUUGAGGGAAGAUCCAGAAAGCAAAGUUGCUUGUGAAGUAUGUGCAAAGAAAAAUUUUAUUUUUAUAUUUGGUGAAAUAACCACAAAGGCAAAAGUAGACUAUGAUAAAGUUACAAGAGAUGUUUUGAAGCAUAUUGGUUAUGAUGAUGAAGAAAAAGGUUUAAAUUAUAAGACUGCUGAUAUAAAAAUAUUUGUUGAUGAACAGUCCCCUGAUAUUGCACAAUGUGUGCAUGAAAAUAAGAAACCGGAACUAAUUGGUGCAGGUGAUCAGGGAAUUAUGUUUGGAUAUGCAACUGAUGAAACAGAAAAUUAUAUGCCUUUAACACAUCAUUAUGCUACAUUAUUAGGUAAAAGAUUAACAGAAGUUCGAAAAUUAGGAAUAUUACCUUAUUUACGUCCAGAUGGAAAAACUCAAAUAACUAUUGAAUAUAAAAAUAAAGCUAGCUGUGGUGGUCAUAUGGAACCUUUACGUGUUCAUACAGUUUUAAUAUCUACACAACACGCAGAGAAUGUAAAAUAUGAACAGCUCAAGUCCGAUUUGAUGGAAAAUGUAGUUAAAUAUGUAAUACCAGAAAAAUUGUUGGAUGAUGAUACAUUAUAUUAUUUGAACCCCUCAGGAAAAUUUGUUCUUGGUGGACCAGCAGCAGACGCUGGAUUAACAGGAAGAAAAAUUAUAUGUGAUACGUAUGGUGGUUGGGGUGCUCAUGGUGGUGGUGCAUUUUCAGGUAAAGAUCCAUCCAAAGUUGAUCGUUCAGCUGCUUAUUAUUUACGUUAUAUUGCAAAAUCGUUAGUUGCAAACAAAUUUUGUAGGAGAGUCUUAGUGCAAGCAUCUUAUUCUAUUGGGAUUGCUAACCCCAUAUCACUAAACGUUAAUUCGUAUGGUACUGUAAGUACUGGAUAUACUGAUUAUGAUUUGGAGCAAAUAAUUUUAAGAAAUUUUGAUCUGAGACCGGGAUUUAUUAUUGAAGAGUUAAAAUUAAAGGAGCCUAUUUUCUCAAAAACGUCAGCUUAUGGCCAUUUUGGAAGGGAUGACUGCUCCUUUAGGUGGGAAAAAAUUAAAGACCUAACCCACGAAAAAAAUGUUUUAAAGAAUUAA